AAAAAUGCUUAAAUCUCAAAGAUCUGAUUAUGCCUCUGAUUCUUGUAAUAUUGUGAGCGAUAAAGCUAAAAUUCAAGUACUAAAAAAGGCAGUAUUUGAAUUAAGAUAAUAAAAAGAACAAUUAGAAAUUUCCAACCAAUCUUUAUCAAUCGAAUUAAAUAAAGUACUUAAAGAAAAGGAAUAUAAUGUAUGAAUAAUCUCAAAUUGCUAAGGAAUAAUCAUUUAUUGAGUUAGUUGAAGAAUUAAAGCAAAGAAUAUCUAUUUUAGAGGGAAAUAUAGAAACUACUCCUGUUAGAAUAAAAUCUUCUAGUAAUUUUUACACGCAAAAUGAAAUAAUAGAAGGAACAACAGAUUAGCAAUUACAAAAUAUGAUAAAAGUGAACAAAUAAUUACAAUAGUAAGUGAUUUGAUAUAUUUUAGAGAAAUAAAAAUUAUGUAAAAUAACUUUUAAGCUUAAUAAAGUAUUCUAUAAUACCAAUAAUAAAAUUUAGAAAAAGAAUUGAUUAAUAAAGAAAUAAUAAUAGUUAAACUUAGCAAAGAGUUAGAAGAGGCUAAUUAACUGAAUAGACAAUUAAAAAAAAACAUUCAAGAUAUUGAAUAAGAUUUAUAUAAUAAAAUAAUUGAUCAAUCAUAAAUAAAUACAGAUUUGAAAAUAAAAAUUUAAAAUUUUGAAUCAAGUUUAAUAUAAAAAGAAACAGAAAUUCAGAAUUAAGAAAAGAUAAUUGAGCAAUAAAAACAAAAUUUAUUUGAAUUAGAAGAAAUAAAAGGGAAAUUUUUAUAACAUAGAUUAAUUUUGAAGAACUAAUUGCUUGAAAUUAAUUGUGUUUUCAUUCUUCGAUAAAAUAUUUAGGAUGAAUAUAGUUUAGAAUUGGAAACAACAGCAAAAAGAUUCACUUAUAAAGCAAAUGAGAUAACAGAUUUGCAAGUGAAAGAUGAUAAACAUUUUAUUUUAACACUGUCUAAAAGAUAAGAGACAUUUAAAAUAAUGUAAGGAUAAGAUAUAAAAAAGAUUUGUAAAUCUAUAAAGUAAUAAUUUAAAGUAUACUUACAGAUAAUUUUUAAUUAAAUCUCAAAUUCAAUUAUAAAGUAUUUAAACAAAAUGAAGUAAAUUAAUUUAUAUUUAUAUAUAUUUUUGGGUAUUUAAAUAUUUUAAAAACUAUAAUGA